UCUUCUUCUUCGUAUGAUCCCUUGACUUGUAACCACCCAACCUUUCUCUCAAUCUGUCCCUUUCAUGACUCUCAAUUGCAAAUAAAAAGCACAUCCUUGUUUCUAGCUAACCAUCCGUCAAUCCACAUCUUAGUCUGCUUCUGCUAUCUUAAACUAAAUGAACAUGGAUAGCCAAGAGGUGAUCAAAAAAGCAGAGAUUGAUACCAGGGCACCAUUUCGCUCUGUUAAAGAAGCUGUUAGGUUGUUCGGGGAGAAAGUUUUAGCUGGUGAACUCUACGCUAACAAGCUCAAGGAGCUGCGCGGCCAAGCAAGUGAAAAUGGAAAUGGGCAGGGUAGGCUUGGAAGUAUUACAGCUGAACUAGAGGAGACAAAACAAAACCUCCUAAAGGCUAAAGAGGAAAGCACAAUGAUGGCCAAUCACCUCUCCUCUCUUAAACAAGAGCUUGAACGAACUAAGAGAGAGCUCCGACACAUGAAGGAUCGUGAAACCGAAAAACAAAUGAAGGAGUUUGAGAUUGAAGAUGUCAAGAUCGUUGAAGAUUCAGCAAAUUUUAAAGUCAAAACUCAAACAUCUCCUGAAGAUCAUCAAACAGAACUUCAAAAGAAGAGAUACGUGACAUUCGCAAAUCCACCUUCCCUAGCUCAAGUUAUUGUUCCACGAAGUGUACAAGUACUGGAGAGACAUCCUUCUCUGAAAAUAAAGAAGAAGAAGCCAUUGAUCCCUUUGAUUGGAGGCAUUUUUUCUAAGAAAUAGCACCCCAAUAAACUUCUUUGUACACUUGUAGCCAGUAAAGUUUGUCUGCCAUGAGAAAAAGCGUUACUUGAGAGAGCCCAUGUAAUAAAAUAUAUACACAAUCUGUGUAGUUUGCUUCCU